GAUCCAACGGCUAUAAAAGUUUCUGCGCUUAAUGUCUAUUUGCAUAAUGACCGUGAUAAACGCUCCAUUCUGAGGAUUGUCUCUAUACGUCAUAGCUGCCCGUGCCAUAUACUAGUAGGGAUAUACGAAUAAUACAAGGCAGCAAUUGUCCAUGUUCAAGAAAGAGCGAGGAAGUAGCCAUAUGCUACUGUACAAAAACCGUGAGCAGUGGGCUAGUUGAGUAAGCUCUGGAAAAGACACGCCCUACACGUUUUAUUCCCUUCUUUCCCCUUCUUGCAACGAAGUCCCAUUGAAAACCAAUGAAACUGUUUACACAGCUCCAAGUAGUAUACACUCUUUGCUACAGCGAACGCUAAGCUUACAAUAGCAUUGAAGGAAAUGAAAAGCCAACUAUCUUCUUGCGAUGAAGAUGAGUACUACUCAUCGAGAAUGGUGUGCCACUGGUGGAGAUCGUCUGCGAAGUUUGAUGAAUGUGUUAAGCUCAAGCUUGACAUCCCUGACGUAUCUCGUCUCACACCUAGACUCAGAGUGCUGAGGGAGAUGGAGAGAUUGGCCUUAAUUGCACCUGAAGGACUCAAUGAGCUUCGACACAAGCUUCUUAACUAUAGUUCUGGUGACUUCUGGGUACCCACAGGAGGUAUUAAAAAGGAAGAGAUGGACAUUCCACCGGUGAUCACUAUUCUCUUGGUGGGUUUUUCUGGUUCGGGGAAAAGCUCACUUAUCAACCUUAUGUACAGUAUUCUUAGUCGCUCUGGACUCUUACUCUUCGCCCAAACUUCAUCAGGAAGUUCUAGCGAUUCAACAACCAUUUACUUGGAAGAGCACAAUGUCUUGAGGUCUAUGCGAAGUGGGUUCUGUGUGUAUGAUUCGAGGGGAUACGAUUAUGACAGAUUGAGUGAAGGAUUAGAAGAAUUAUCUUUCUUUAUGGGCGAAGGGGUUCACCAUAAUCAGUUGUGCUUGAGAUCAGUCGACUAUGCAUCAACGAAAAAUGAUGUUGAUGUUUUUUCUUCGAGAUCGUCUUCUAAAUUCGUUCAGAGGAGGGUGAAUUGUGCAAUGGUAGUUGUUGACAUGGCAAAGUUCUACAAAGCUUUCAAAGCAAAAGAUUCUAAGCCAUUAGAGGCAACCAGACAGCUCUUCUGCGCACCCGAGUUGCGAAAAUGCAACGAGAAUCCAAUCUUGAUAUUAACCCACGGUGAUAUGCUAUCAACGGAGGAUAGGAUCGAUGCUAGACUAAAUAUAUGUGAAUGUCUAGGUAUAUCUGAGACGAGUGGCGUGUAUGACAUUGUAUGCCUCACAGAGUAUGGAUUUCCUGCUGAAGAGUGUGAUCCUGUUUCAGCCUAUGCUGUAACUGAAGCCGUUUAUAGGGCAUUACUAAUCUCUGACAGAGGCCACUUUCCGAAGAAAAAUCUCCAUGACUGGACAAUUCUUAUAUUGUCAUGGUUUUUGUGCUUCAUUGCCUCUGUUUUCGCUUUCCUUGCAGAUAUAUGCUCCAGACUGGGACGGAGGGAUAAUAAAUUGAAGUUGUGAUGGAGAUUGCUGUAGAGGGGAGGAAAACAUUUGCUUCGUAUAACUAAUGUAGUACUGCUAACGACUAUAUUAGUGUUAGGAAGACUAUGACUAUCUGUAACAUCAAGUAGAUUAAUUUGCUGAUUCCAGAACAAGAGUGAGAUACAAUUGUCAGCUCUGAUUUGAAUCAAUAGAUGUGUGGAUUUGACUGCUAUAGGAGACAAGAAAGCAGAUUACAAUUGUCAAUAACUCAAUCAUCAUUAGUGAAAGUGAAAUCUUACUGGUUA